UGCUUAAACUUAAACCAGAAGUGAAUCUCUCUCCUGUCAGGGACGAAGUGAGCCCGCAGUCGGACUGUGGAGAUCUCGUUUGAUCGCUGUGAACCGAGAGCGGUGUGUCGAAACUAUACCCAGAAGAGAAACGCGCCACAGGCGUGCCGGAUGAAAGGACAGGUACGCCUGAGGUGAUGCAAAGGGAGCUCCGCGUCGCUGUUCCACCUUGCAUUCAGGCACAGCGACUGGCUGGGUGGAAACGAACAAUAGGACACAUUUUUCUUGAAUGAGUAGUGUGAUUACACGUUUUACCGGUGAAGCUCUAGAUUGCUUAACGAGUUUUUGUUGUUUGUUAAGUGCGUGCGUUGUGUCUGCUUGUUUGGACUGGCCCACAUUUCAUGUCACCGGACUUUGUAUGCGGGGAACUGUAGGAACCCAUUCGGCCCCGCCGGUGCACACAAUAGGUCGCUGUGAUGGAGUGGCGCGAGCAGUCCGCGGUCAGCUGCGACGAAGCCUACGUGGAGGCGCAGAGAUGGAUUGAGGCAGUAACCAAGAAAAGAUUCGGGAGCGACGACUUCCGAUCAGCGCUGGAGAAUGGAGUUCUGCUGUGUGAUCUGAUCAACAAGAUCAAGCCUGGUGUCAUCAGGAGGGUUAACAGGCUGCCCACACCUAUUGCUGGACUGGACAACCUCAACGUCUUCCUCAAAGCCUGCAAGAAGCUCGGACUGAAGGAGGCGCAGCUCUUUCACCCAGGAGAUCUCCAGGACUUAUCCACGAGAGUCACAGUCAAGCAUCAAGAGACCAACAGAAGGCUGAAAAAUGUGCUGAUCGCCAUUUACUGGCUUGGUAGGAGAGCUCAGUGUGACCGUUCCUAUGAUGGACCCUACCUGAAUUUUAAGGCCUUCGAGGGCUUAUUGGGCACAGCACUAUACAAGGCUCUGCAGGAAUCGUCCAGUCAGAAAGGCGGCAACGUCAGAGACAGCGGUUUUGGAGACAGCUGGUGCUCAGAGCGAGAGGAGCUCUUCCAACUGAGAGAGGGAGGAGGAGGAGGAGGAGGACACAGGAGAGACGACUCCCUGGACAGCUUGGACUCUUUGGGCUCCCGACCCCAGAUCAUCUCAUCUGACACCACUCUUAAAGGCAGCAGCAAGGGUUGUUGCAGCGACACCGAGGCCGACUCCGUCGUCAGGAUGGCCGAGAACAAGAGCGGUCUCAGUUACCGCCGGUCAGUAACCCUCACGCCCAAGGCCAGCUCCCAGUUUAACCAGUUCCUGCCCACUAAAGACAAACCCUCGGCCUACGUGCCCGCUCCGCUGAGGAAGAAGCGGGCCGAGCGCAAUGAGGACAGCCGGCGCAGCUGGGCCAACCCCACGUACACGGAGGAGGAAGCCACACUCACCAGACAGCAGCAAGCGCAAGAGAGUAUCGACGGGAGUAAAUCAACAAGCGAUAUCCAGGUGGACCCCAACAUUGUCCAGCAGUUUCGCUACGAGGAGCUGCAGAAGCACCGCGAGCAGACAAAGGACACUGAGGAUCAGUGGCAGGAUGACCUGAGCAAAUGGAAGAACCGGCGCAGGAGUGUCAACUCUGAUAUAGUGAAGAAGAAAGAGGAGAGGGAGAAAACAGAGGAGAGCAUGUCCAGCAGCAGAAGAUCCAAGACCUUCAAGGAGAUGCAAGAGGAGAGAGAAAAUAAAGGAAAAAACAGCGUUGGUGGUCGCAUUGGAUCUCUGUCUUACCUGGACGGCGAAGACGUAUUUGACAAACCCGUCAUUUCUCCUCGUACCCGAGCCCUCCCCACCAGAAGCUACACCAUUGACACUCCUUACUAUUCUUCUGAAUCCCCGGAGCGUCCUCGGAAAGAGGACAAACCCCCCUCCGCCUCCCUGACUACUGGCAGGGCCGCUUCCCCUCCCACCUCACAGGGAGUUGACACUGUGGACAGUCCUGCAGGCAGCGACGCCACCACCAUCACUCCCACCAGCCGCAGCUUUUUCCACAGGUCCCGAUCUCCGGCAGCAGCAGCACCUUCACUGAGUUCAGUCUCAGAACGCACCGGCACAGUCAAGGCAGUGGAGACUGUGGCCGCCGUCUCCUCCUCAAGCUCCCAGCAAAAGUUGCCCGAGCCGAGGCGCCCAUUGUCGGGAGCACAGACUGAGGCGGGGGCCCCCUCCUCCGGUUCUCUGUACAAACAACGACCACAGCCCAGCUCAAUGGAACCCAAGCCUCCCGGGGUGUCUCGGGUUUCUGCCUCCCUCCCCAGGAGCUACCAGAGACCGGAUAGCACGCGCCUGACCUCGGUUGUCGCGCCAUGGCCCUUCGGGACCCAGUCGUCCCGCCUCACUUCUCUUCCCCGACCCUUUACAGUGGAACCCCAGAAGCGCGUCAACGGCGACGCCGUCGCUCCCAAGAAGUCGGCGGUGCCGAGCCGCUAUCACCAGUUCAUGACCUCUGAGGACGAGCAUCAGUCUCAUUCCAGCUCGGCCCACAGCACCGAGGACGAGGAGGAGGAGGAGGAGGAGGACAAGACCACGAUGAAGACUGUCUCACCCGUCCCUCCUCAGGUCAAGACCGAAGCCCCAUUCAGUCCUGUUCCAGCCAAAGAAGCCAGCCAGGAGAACUACUGUGAGAUGCGGGUCAGCCUGAACCAGAAGCCCAACAGCAGCACAGACUUUGGCUUCCAGGCGGCGUGGGACUCGACAGGAGCUCGCAUCAUGUCCAUCCAGCGAGGCAGCCCGGCAGAGAUGUACCAGCUUCAGGUCGGGGACGAGGUGCUGACGGUGAACGGGCACAAGGUGGCAGAAAUGAGCUACAUCGACUGGAAGUCCUGCAUGGAGGAGGCCCUGCAGGAGGGCAGUCUGAUCAUGGAUAUACGCCAUCAAGGCAGGAACAACUGGAACAGAGAUCAACCUCCCAUGCCAUUUAAAAGCCAUAAGACCGUCAAUCUGACCAGUAUGGAUCAUCCGAUACUUCUAGGUUACCCCGACGCCAACGCCAUCAGCUCCAGCCUGGAUUUCACCUCGCGUGCCUCCAUGGAAAAGCUGCUCCCCAAAGAGGCCACCGCCCACCCAGUCCUCGACGUGGCUUCAAACAGAGUUAAUGGAGGUUUCCGUGAGCAGGCGGUGACCAUGAGGAACAAAGAGUCAGAACCCAUAUCUUUGAAAAACUUAAAACGGAGGUCAGAGUUUUUUGAAAAAGGAGGAUCAGAGUCUGCAAUGCCAGAUAUACCUGUUCCUUCGAUCAACCCGUCCUCCAGCCGCUGGUCUUGGGACCCAGAGGAGGAGCGCAAAAGACAAGAGAAAUGGCAGAAGGAGCAGGAUCGCCUCCUACAGGAGAAAUAUAAACGCGACCAGGAGAAGUUGCAGGAGGAGUGGCUCAAGGAUCAGGAGGAGGUUGCCAAGAGCGUUGACCAACAAGAGCCGGGGAGCCUGGGGGUGAGCAGACGCGGCGUCGGCCCACUCUCGGCCCUCUCUCCCGUCGGCCAGCCCCCCGCUCCUCCGUGGGAGGAGCAGGAGAGAAAGCAGAAGGAGGAACAGGAGCGCCAAAGGCAGGCGGAGGAGAGGAGGAAGAGGGACAAGGAGGAGCGCGAGCUGCGGCAGCUCCAGGAGGAGAGGGAGACAAAAGAGAGGCAGGAGGAGGAGGAGAGGAAGAGGAGGGUGGAGGAGGAGCUGCAGUGGCAGAGGAGGAGGGAGGAGGAGAGGGAGGAGGAGAGGAGGCGGCAGGAAGCUGUGGAGCAGCAGCGCAGGGAGCGGGAGAGAGCCUUGGUAGAGCAGCAGCAGCAGCAGCAGCAGCAGUGGAAGAAGUCUAAAUCAUCUCCCCAGCUUGAUGAAGAGGAAAAACCUCUGAGAAAAGGUGCGUUUGUGCAGCCGGGGGGUAUGGUUCACCGGCUGCUGCAGGAGCAGGCCAGGAGCGCGCUCGACAAAGAGGCCCGGAGUCAGCGGGCGGCGUCCGAGCUGGAGAUGGAGAGGAGGAACAUCCUCAACGCCAUGAGAUACAGAGAGCCAGAGAGAGUGACGGGCAGCGGGGUGGGUGAGAAGAAGGGUCAGCAGUCGGCAUCGCAGGCGGAGCUGGAGCGCCAGCAGAUCCUGAACGAGAUGAAGAAGAAGACUCCGAUGCUGAUGGACAAAAGUUGGAUCCGCCAGCGCUCCUCCACCACCACCGCUGCCACCGAUGAGUCCGACGUGCCGCCCAUGCGCAGAGGUGAGUCUCUCGACAACUUGGACGCCUCCUACAACUCCUGGCGCUCGUCGUGGACGCCCAGGAGCAACACUCACGCCCAAAACUACACUCGGCCUAACUCGGCGCUCUCCGGCAGCACUCCCUUUUACGGCGGCGUGUCGUCGGGGGCCCAGCGGCCCGGCUCCUCCACCCUGCCUUCCUCCUACUCCAUGGGCUCCCUGCGAGCCGGGGCGGGAACCCCCUCGUCCCCUUGGUCCCGGCAGUCGCCGUCCCCCUCACCGUCCUCUCCGUCACCCGCAACCUCCCCAGAGCCCACGUCUGAGGCAGGCGCCCCUCAGCAGCGGAACAGGUCAGUGAGUGGCAAGAAAAUCUGUACGUUCUGUGACACCCCGCUGGGAAAGGGAGCGGCCAUGAUCAUCGAGUCCCUCGGGCUCUGUUAUCAUUUGGGCUGCUUUAAGUGCAUCGACUGCAAGUGUGACCUCGGAGGGUCGGCAGCCGGCGCCGAGGUCAGAAUACGGAACAAGCAGCUCUUCUGUAACACCUGCUACGUGCGAUUCAAAGCUGGCCAGCCAACCACUAUGUGACGUGACUGUACUCCAGCAGAUUGAUGAAGAGACUACAUGUGACAACAACCCCUGAGCCCCUUACCCCUUAACGUGUGCAUCGAAGCCACUGCAAACAGCCGGGGACACCUGGUCUGGACAUACUUCCAUUUAUGGCGACAGAAAUUUCCGGUUGACUCAAAUUAUAAUCCGUUUAAUUUUUAAUUUUCAGUGUAUGAUUGAGAGGGUAAGCUUGCAAAGAAGUUAUCUACUUUAACGUGUCUAUAUCUUAUUAAGUGUUACAGUUGUACAAAAUGUAAGGGUUCUGCAUGCAUCCGCAAGUUUUGAUGUUUUAGCCACGAAACUAGUCAAAGCGUUAAAUUGUCGAUAAGAUUAUUGAGGCAAAUCUUUGUAAUGACAGAUUUUUAGAGAUCUUGAGAGAUAUUUCGAGGUUUCAAUCUCGUCUCACUCUUGCUUCUUCUUUUUUCCGCUGAGUCUUGUGGUAUUAACAGGUCUGUCGACCAAUGUAUUCUCGUCGCGUCUGUGUGCCUUUUCAUUGGUGGGAUUAGCAAUUAAGAUUAUUAGGAUCCUUUCAAAGCAUAUUUAAAACCGUCUGCUUGGAUAGCAGCUGUUUGCAGUUUUCACUGAUGGAUGGAGGAGUUGUACACACAAGCAGGUUUCCAUGUGAAGAUUAUAUCGCACUAACUGGAUCGAGGCAAACAGUAACAUUUGUAAAUAAAAUGACUAAAUGCUCA